CAAGGUUUGGGGGCAAGGAUCUCUGUUUGGGUCUGGUUGCCUAGGCGAGGGGAGUCAAUAACAAACAUUUGUCGUUUUCACUCAGUUCAAAUGUUCAAUUCCCAAUGGAAUUUUUCAAAACAAUCCGUCCAAGUGCAUAAAUGAAUUAUGAAUGUUUUGUUUGUGUUACUGAUCACAACUCUGCUCAUCAGCUCUUCUUGGUCUAAGUAUGAAGAAGGCCGGAUUAAAACAUUUGAGAAAUGGGCAUUCAUUGCAAGAUUUUGUUUUUUAUCGAGGGAAGGCACAUUUGAAUAUUCAAUUCAAUACAACAAAGAAUUUAGUGUACAAAACUUACUAUUGUAUCAUGAUUCUGACACUCAAUGGACAGCGGUUUACAAAUCUAACAAGACUUGUGAGCAAAAAGAAGCCGUCCUCGAUAGAAAGUUGAAUCAAAUAAUUCCUCUGACCCAGUCUGAUUUAGGCUCUGGGUGUCGGGAAAGAAAGACGAAUACAUCCAUUGUGGUGCAAUGCAAUCAAGCCAGAACUUUUCGAAGCGCAAGGGAAAGGUGGUGGUUUCUUGCAGUCAGCAACUGUAAUUCUUCCAAGGGAUUGGAUUUGUACUACAGGUUUUUGAUGACUAAUGGCCCACCCGAUGACUAUUGGCACGAACAUUUCUCUGCUGAUGAAUUCUAUAUCCUGCCAAUGCUUAUGAGCUACUUUGUAAUUUACAUGCUGCUCAUCCUUGCUGUGGUCAUGUGCUCGAUGGAGCUUAAAUCGAGGCAAAUGCUGCAUUCAACCUACAAAGUCUAUGCAUUUUCUGUUUAUUUGCAAACACUCGGGAUUUUUCUGCAGAUUAUCGCUUACAUCCGGUUUGCAUUUGAUGGCAUUGGUCUGCCCAAGUUAAAAACUUUAGGAAGGCUGUCGGAAUCCGCGAGUGAAGUAUUGUUUUUAGUUGUGCUCCUUUUGAUGGCAAAAGGCUAUACAAUUACCCGAGGCCGACUACGUAUGGCAUCAACAGUGAAACUAACAAUUUUCAUAUGUCUAUAUGUUGUUACAUUCAUAACUAUGUUUGUUUAUGAAAAAUUGUUUUUCGAUCCUGGAGAAGUGCUAUAUCUAUAUGAAUCACCUGCUGGAUAUGGUUUAAUCGCUCUAAGAAUUAUUGCAUGGUGGAUGUUUGUUUAUUCAACUGUUUUCACUCUUAAACACUACCCAGAGAAGGGCGCAUUUUAUUACCCCUUUAAUUUGGUCGGCACUAUGUGGUUUGUGACUGGCCCAGCUUUCAUCUUGACAGCAAACACAUUGAUUGACAAAUGGGUGAGAGAGAGUGUUGUCUGUGCACUGAACCACUUUGUAGCACUUGCUGGGCACUUACUAUUCUUGGUAUUGACUGUCCCGAACAGAGCGAAUAAAAACUUCCCGUACCAUGUCAGGACUACGCAAAUUGGCAUUAUGGAAGUAGGUGACGGUGUCUUGGGCACAAAUACCCUGGACCAUUUUGGCCAUCAUGCUUAUGCUCCCGGUGGUCCAAUGGCUCAUAUACCUUCACAGUGGCAUCACGUUCCUGUUGAAUUAUUCACGAUUGCAAGCACCAUACACACAGAAUCAUCUGUUGUAUCCACAUCCUUCAGACCCCACCCGAGACCAAGAGAUGAGUAUUCACAAAAUUUGGUAAUCAGGCCAGAAGAAAUUUCACCACUUGCUCCCCCAACACAGGUUUGUGAGGAAAACGAUGAUUUGACAGAUAUGCAAGAAAUGAGCCUGAAGGAAAAUGACAAAGGGCCUAAACAAAAGAAAGAACAGUCUGUGAUAGAGAAAAUAUAAAUUAAUGAGUUCAAAUUUUAUUCGUAUCUUGUAUUCUGUCUGAUUAACAGUUUGUACCUUUUUAAAAAAUAAAUAGUCAUAUUCUGCAUU